CAUAUAACGUGAAACAUGAAACAUAUUCCCCUUGUUGAUGUAGAAAUACACUAUGUAUUGAUAGAUCUGACAACUUUUAUUACUUUACAGGGCGCUAAGCAGCGGUUCCAGUUCCUGGAGAAGAAAGGCAAAUCCAUGAUGGCUGUUCGGAAGAUCAGGCAGUUCGACGACGAUUUUGACACCAAGGUAUUUGUCAAUGAGGCGAUGCAGAUAUACAUCGAUACACACAAGGCUCUAGUCGACUUUGACGAAGACAAGCUCCACGAAUUGGUGACUGAACGAGCAUACCCUCUGGUGAUCAACGAGAGGAAGAAUCGUACCCUGAGGUGGCAGUUCAUUCGUUCGAUAGAGCCCCCAACAGUGGUCCACGCACGCACAACAGACAUUAUAACGAAGGAAAACAUUUUCGCUCAAGUCACCGUCCGAUUCCAUACGAAACAGACUCUGGCAGUUUACGACCGGUUCGGCCGACUCAUCCAGGGCUCAGAAGUCGUCGCCAGAGACGUCCUGGAAUACGUGGUGUUCGAAAAGCACGUGGCCAACACCUACGGAACCUGGAGGAUCCACGACAAGAUCGUUCCGGAUUGGAUGCCCCCUAGACAGCCCAUUCGCAGGACGUAUAGGAUGGAUGAUGUUGAGGUGGAACCUGUUGAAGAGGAAGAAGCUGUUGUUACAAAGGAAGAUGCAAAAGAAACUGUGGCUGCAGCUUCUAGUUAAUUUUAAAAUAUAGUUAGAAAUAGUGAUGAGGAAUUGUUCGUUUUGUAAAUAAAGUUUUAAAAAGUUUAAAGGAAAA